GGACACAUUACGAUCCGUCGGAAAUCGAUUAAGUGAAGUUUAAUCCGUUUAUUUUUUGGCCCCUUUUCUCACUUUCUUUCUUGGGGAAGAAACUGAUGCGAAAUUUUCCCAGCAAACAAACAUCUGAGAAUCGUGUUGUCCCCAAUGCCUCCUCUCAAGAAAACAAAGAAACCGAAACGGGAUUCGAAGAAAUUGAAGAAAAGGAGAAGUGUAAGGACAGUUCCCACAGAAAGUAAAGCCACUGAGUCCGAUUGGUGGGAUAGUUUCUGGCACAAUAACUCUCCAAUCUCAGGCUCAGCAAUACUUUCUGAUGAGGCAGAGGGAUUCAAAUACUUCUUUCGGGUAUCAAAGAAAACAUUUGAUUACAUAUGCUCACUUGUCAGAGAGGAUCUUGUUUCAAGACCGCCGUCUGGUCUCAUCAACAUUGAAGGAAGACUUCUUAGUGUCGAGAAACAAGUUGCGAUUGCCCUCAGAAGGUUGGCUUCUGGUGAGUCCCAAGUUUCAGUGGGAGCUUCUUUUGGUGUUGGCCAGUCCACAGUAUCUCAGGUAACUUGGCGAUUCAUUGAAGCACUGGAAGAACGUGCCAAGCACCAUCUCAAGUGGCCUGAUUCCAAUAGAAUGGAGGAAAUUAAGUCCAAAUUAGAGGCAUCAUUUGGGUUGCCCAAUUGUUGUGGAGCCAUAGAUGCAACCCACAUUGUUAUGACUCUUCCGGCAAUUGAAACUUCAGAUGAUUGGUGUGACCAGGAGAACAACUACAGCAUGUUUUUACAAGGAAUUGUUGAUGAUGAAAUGAGAUUUCUUGAUAUUGUGACGGGUUUUCCUGGGAGUAUGCCUAUUUCCAGACUAUUGAAGUGUUCUGGAUUUUACAAACACUGUGAUGGUGGCCAUCGAUUGAAUGGAAAUCCACGAAAGAAUUCUGAAGGAGCAGAGAUUAGAGAAUAUAUUGUAGGCGGAGCUGGCUACCCUCUUCUUCCAUGGCUCAUUACACCUUGUGAAAAUGGUGACCUUUGGGCUGCAGUGUCUGAUUUCAAUGCAAUACACAAGGCUGCAUGGUCGCUUUCUGUGAAGGCAUUCUCACAGUUAAAGGGUGGUUGGAGAAUACUUAAUAAGGUUAUGUGGAGACCAGAUAAGCACAAACUGCCGAGUAUUAUCUUAGUCUGUGUUUUACUUCACAAUAUUAUGAUUGACAGCGGUGACAAUUUGUGUCCAGAUGUUGCCUUGUCUGGUCACCAUGACUCAGGUUAUGUGGAACAGUGCUGUAAACAAGUUGAUCCACUGGGAAGAACCAUUAGGGAGAACUUGGUUAAACACUUGCAUCUUAGCAAACAUAAGGCUCUACCCAAUUAAUUAUUUCCCAUCUAACUUCUUCAGUCUUAUGUAAAGUUUGGUUUUAUUGUCGCAUUUGAUGAAACUGAAAGUAUCAACAAGCUGUAAUUUUUUUGGUUUUGAUUGUGCUACUAGUCUCGAUAAUCUCCAUGAACCACCAUUUGAGUUUCUAUUUA